CUGCGGUGGGGCGGGGCCCGGCGCGUCAUUCUGCGCCGGCCGGCGCAUGCGCGGGCAGGGAGAGCGGCCUAGCUUGAGGGAGGGUGGUGGACCUCGUGCACGGCCGGGAACAUGGCGAAGAGCCUGAGGAGCAAGUGGCGGCGGAAGAUGCGGGCGGAGAAGAGGAAGAAGAACGCGCCCAAGGAGCUGGAGAGGCUGAAGAAAAUCCUGGGAACCAACGCGGAUGUCGUCAUGGAGGAGGUCAAGGAGGUGGCGACCGUGCUGUCCCCCGAGAGAGCCCUCCGGCCGGGGGAUGACUGCAAAAUGGACAUAGAUAAUAAACGAAACAAAAAAACUCUUCUAGACCAGCAUGGACAGUACCCAAUAUGGAUGCAUUCCAGGCAGAGAAAGAAGCUGAAGGCACAGCGUGUUAAAGGGAAAAAAAAAUCAAAAUUGGCCAAAGGCCUAGCCUGGUAAAAUCCGAGUUUUGUAACAUCAUGAAUAUUUUACUUGCAAAAUAAAUAUCCCAGAUAAGUACAUGAUAUUUUUGUGCUUGGCCACCAGGUAUAAUUUAUUGCCUUGCAUGAAUUUUUGAAGAGACUGUUACGGCAGCAAAUGAUGAAAGCAAUAUGAACUUGGCGUCUGCCAACCUAAAAAAAAAGUAAAAAAUGCAAGCUGAGUGCCUCUGAAUAGACUAAGUGUCUGUGGUUAUUUGUUUUCUUGAGCGGAGAACGGUCUUCAUCUUUUAUGUUGUGAACACUGAAAGUGCUAAAGGAAAUCCUAAAAAUAAUGAAACUGUAAAUGGUUUUUGUAAUGUGGUCUUUGUCAAUGUAACUUGUCUUUUAGUAAAUUGAACCAAAGGAUUCUGUAAACUCACCAUAUCCUUCAAAUUCUUCUGUAAAAUUACCUUUGUUGCACCGAUUUGCGUCACUUUUACCAUCUGGUAAUUAAUGAAAAAGGGCUUUUAACGUGUAACUUAGAAGAGAUUAUACGCUGAAAUCAACACCAAGGCUUCAUGAAAGUUCUCUAAGUAAAACGACAACGUGUCACCCUGAUGUUAAUUCGCAGAGAGAAAUCUGUUGGAACAAAGAAGUAUUUCACUGCUGUCUGCAACUGAAAUAUUGUAGGAACUAAAGAACUGGAAGUAAAACUGAUUUCUUUUAUUAUUCGUAUGAGAGAAUGCAAAUGCACAGGUUGGAAAUAAAAUAGUUUUAUUUAAGACAUUUUCCAGGUUUCAGUAAAGUAAAUGAGAAUUUACUUUUCCAUAUGUAUUUUCAGUAGCCUUUUAUUCCUCUUAAAACAAUACUUAUCUAUCAUGCUUUACAAUGUGGGCAUAGGAUAAAAUAUUGCAUGACUGCGUAACAGAUGCCAUUUAUAUGUGAUUAGCUACAGUUGGUUGCAUAUUACUCGGCAAUAACAUGUGAUGACAGAUGCAAGAAUUUAGUUGCCUUGAAAGCUUGUGUUUUUAAAAUGUCUCUCAUUUCAAGGAUGGAAAUAAUUACAGUACCAGUCCUGUGGUAUGUUGCCUGUUGAAGUACCGUGCAUCGAUACAGAGCAUAACCUUUGUCCAACCUCAUCUCAUCCAGGAUGGGAUUCACGUUCUGUAAUUGCCCACAAAUUGUGAAACAUGUCUAUUGUGAUAAUUUGGGCAUAGGAAAUGGGAUUUAUUCUUUUAGAGGUAAUGACACUAGCAUAUGCUGAGCUAAAAUCCACUAAGAAGAAUUCAACCUGAGAGAAAAUCUAGUUAUUCUGGAAAAAUACAGUGGGUUUUUUAUUAUUACUGUUAAGGGAAAAGUAUUCUGUUGCUCAGGUAAAGAACUACAAAAGUGUUGGAGGAAAUGCCAAGGCAUCUUCUGUUUUCACAUACAUGGAUGGUUAAUGAGACUUGGUAAGAUGUAUAGAUCAAAGUUUACCAAAUUAUAUACCAUUAAUAACUUUGUACUUUAAAACCAUUUCCAUUAAGUUGAUAAUACCCCUGCUAAAAGGAGAUGCUGCUCUCAAGUAAUUUUUUUUGUUUUCUUCGAUAAAUGGGUCUAGAUUUCAGUAUCGUAUAUGUUAGCAUUUAGAUUAGUACUGGUUUAAAAUCUAUUAAUAUGGAGGAAAGUAAUUUUUAAGGUUCAUAAUUAUGUUUAUCCAGAAAUGGAGUGAACAGUCAGUUUGUAUUCCUUUACUAUUUUAAUGAUACGGGCUGUAUUUUGCUUAAUGUGUGCUUUGGGGAGUUGUGGAGGGGAGCUUCUUGGGUUUAAGUGCUAACGGUUUGGAUUUUUCCUGUGGAGUAAGCACAGUGCUGGUUUUGACACACUUGUUUGUAAAUCAGAUUACUUUCAAGCAGCUGCUGCUGGGAAAGCAGACUGCUUUUCCUGAGGGGAGAUAAUCAAACCAAUAAAGUACUCCCAUUUAAGUGUA